AUGGCUGCCCUGGGGCCUGGGAUUGGACCCUGCACUUGCUGCAGGAGUCUCUGGCCUGGUUCCGUGCUGACCAAAGGCUUGGAACCAUCUCAGAACCUCGGUUCCCAAAGGGACAGCCUCAAGUGGUCGCCAGAGAGACAGGACCAGCACCUGGCGGAGACAGCGGCGUUCCUGGACAGGGACUCAGCGCUGACAGCCGCCAUGUCAUGCGUGUUGUGUCGCCGUGUAGAGGCCGACCCGGACACCUGCGGAAACAGACGGGAGAAAUACGGGAUCUGUGCCCACAUGUUCUGCCUGUAUUUUGCCACUCUUCUUGUCCGGCAAGAAAAGAAACGUGUUGGACUCCUGGGCUAUCUUCCUGAAGAUAUCAAAUGUGCAGUCAGGAGGGCGGCACAGAAGCACUGCUGCAUCUGUGGCCAGAGCGGGGCCACCAUCAUGUGCUGCGAGGAAGACUGCAACAGAUGGUUCCACCUGCCCUGUGCCAAGGAGGGGGGCUGUGUCAAUCACUACUUUGCCUCAUACAGGUCCUUCUGCCCUGAGCACCGACCAGUGCAGAUCGUGGAGGUGACUCCAGAGCCGGAAACCGAAUGCCCCAUCUGCAUGGAGCCAGUGGAGGAGAGAAUGACCUUCAACACCAUAGUGUGCCCGACGUGCCUAAGAGCCUGGUUCCACAGGGACUGCCUGCAGGGACUGGCCAUGCGUGCUGGUCUUUUCUCCUUCCGCUGCCCCCUCUGCAGAGACCAUGAGGUGUUCGCUGUCGAAAUGUUCAUCAUGGGAAUCCGCAUCCCCUUCAGUCAGCCAACAUGGGAGGACAACGAUGCCUUCGCGGAUCUGAGAGUGCGGCACAGCAGGUGCAAUGCCAGGGAAUGCCUUUACCCAGGAGGCAGGGAGGAGGCAGAGGAAGAGGGGCCCUGGGAGCUGCUCCUGUGCCUCUCCUGUGCUGCCGAGGGCACCCACAGGCGCUGCUCUGGCCUGACAGCGAGGACAAUCCGCUGGGAGUGUGACAGCUGUGCUGGACUCAGCACGGGUAUGAGAAUCCGAGGCCAUCAGGCCGAGCUCCAGCAGCGCAGUGCCAUCGGGUCUGGCUCCCCAGUCCCCAACUCCAGGGACCAGCAGCCACAGAAGCCCCCGGCAUGCACCUUCUUCCUUGGCAGACACCGGCAGCCCACGCACACCAAGGGCAAGAUCCAGCAGCUGGACGGGCCCUGA